UGUGUUCAGGAUGGAGUAAUGUGGAAUGUCCAUUGUUGGAGGAGAUGAGCAUACAUGAAUGUUCAAGCUUAAAGAAUAUCUUUGCCACACAGACACGUGAACACAGUUGAUGAGCUUCAUACACCUUUUCUUUAUAAGAUGUUUCCAAAUUUGGAAAAAUUUUCGUUAGACAAGAAGUCUACCAUAACCAUACUUGGAUUUCAAUUUCCAACAGGCUUCUUUUCCAAAGUAAAAGUUCUUGAAUUGAGUUUCUUUCUAAACAAAUAUCAUGUUCCUUUGUUUAGUUUACUUCCAAUAUUCCCCAAUCUCGAAAGAUUUGAAGUUCUUGAUUCUUCUCUCAAUGAACUACUUCCAUUUGAAGGACUGGUUGGUGACCAAGAAGAUAUCACUACAAUCCCACAAAUAAGAGCUUUAACUCUUAAAAAUCUUCCUGGUUUGAAGCAUAUAUGGAACCCAGAUGGCCAACUGCAUGACCCAUUAUUUCAGUCUCUUGAGACUCCUAAGAUAAAGUCUUGUGCAGAUUUGAUUGUUUUGGCACCAACCUCUGUGUCUUUGGGAAAUCUGAAAACUCUCAAAGUAUAUGGAUGCAACACAUUGGCAAAUAUUUUUACAUCAGCCGCAGCCAAAAGUAUGGUACAACUUGAAACAUUGAUUGUAAGAUCUUGCAAUAUGUUGAUCGAAAUAAUAGGAGGUGUUCAAGAGGAUGGAUCAACUGAUGAGAUUGUUUUCAGUAAAAUGAAUGUUACCCAUUCUGGAGGAGUUUGUUCUGAGUGA